GACGACGCUUCCGUAUGUUGCUGGUCCCUCUGCGUGCUGCAUUUGCUGACAUAGUGCCGCUACGAUCACUACACAACGGGAGAGAGUAAGAGUAAUUCGCACACAUAUACGAUAUACAUACGACGCUGCGAACUGUUUUUAUAAUUGAUAUCGCGACCGUGGGCUCUGUGUUCUCGGAGUUUGCUCGCGCGAGGCGUUCCACCCCAGCAAAGCUCGUUUACCGCGCUCGUUCGUCGGCUUCCCGCGCGACAAAAGCAGCCGCUGCCGGCCGCGUCGAGGUGCCAGAGCCGCGUCUUCGUCCUGCAAACGCGAGAGCGCUUCAAAUCAAGAUAUCUGCCUUAAUAAUUUUAAGAUUUUACAACAUUUAAUUUGCUGUUUCCAGCAAAAUAUCGCUUUAAAAGUAAGAAAGUAAGAAAAUGGUCAUGGAGGCAUCUCCUUCUCCACAGAGUGUAGGUCGUGAGUUUGUGCGACAAUAUUACACUUUGCUGAAUCAAGCUCCUGCCCAUCUUCAUAGGUUCUACAAUCAACAUUCUUCCUUUGUACACGGAGGAUUGGAUUCCAAUCGAGAGUGUAUUCCGGCCAUUGGUCAGAAACAGAUACACCAAAAAAUUCAACAACUGAACUUUCGUGAUUGUCAUGCCAAAAUAAGUCAAGUUGAUUCUCAACUUACUCUGGAAAAUGGAGUUGUUGUCCAGGUAUCUGGAGAACUGUCCAACGCCGGUCAACCAAUGCGUCGGUUCACGCAAACUUUCGUAUUGGCGGUACAGGCACCUAAAACUUACUAUGUGCACAACGAUAUCUUCCGCUACCAAGACUUGAUAUUCCCCGAGGAGGAUGAGGCUGACGUGAGCGGCGGGGACGGCGGCGAAAGCGGCGAGAGAGAGGUUGAGGAAAUUGGUCGAUCCGAACCUGAGGAAGAUGAACACCAGACUCAGGCGCAACAGUUGUCGGCUCCCACUCAAGCAGCCGAGCAACAAGCUCAACCGCCUCUUAUUCCGGCGCAGCAGCCUCCUCUUCAACAACAACAACCAAUGUAUUACGCUGCACCUCCACAGCCACAUUUCUAUUUGCAAACAUCCAUUGGUCAGGUUCAUCCGGUAUUGCAGCAAGUUCUGAAUGGUACGGUGCAUGAAGAGGUGAUCAAUCAACAGCCACCACAGCAGCAACAACCGCCGCCACCUCCAGCCCAGCAGCAUCCGUAUAUAACUGAACCAACCACACAGUCUCAGUUUGUGCAGGAGACAGAGUUAAGCAAUGGUGAGCAACCACAACAACAGCAACAACAAGUUGAAAGUGAACCGCAGACUCCUCAAACGGAGGAAAGGAAUGACCAGCCUGAAACAGAAGCGUUUACUGCAUCCGCGCAAGAGACCGAACCCGAGCAUCAGGUUUCGAAUACUACUGUCAACAAUAACGGACCCAAGACAUAUGCUAAUUUAGUAAAGUCUUUCCCAAGUACUACCAGUGCUACUAGCCCCCAAGCUCCUAAAUUGUCCAUGUCUCCGCCACCUAUGACGAAUUUACGUUUGGAUGACAGAUCGCCAUUGCAUCCUGCAAACAACGUACCGACUUCUAUAUCUGUUUCCAACAAUGUAUCCGCGGUUCAACAACAGGCGCAUCGAGUGGGCGGAAAUCAACCGCCACCACAGCAACAACAUCCCCAGCAACAACGUGGUUUGAGAGGAGGAUUAGUACAAAGAGAUGGAGAACGUCGUGGCACAAGACCAGGGCAAUAUAGUGAUGCUCAUCAACUUUUCUUGGGCAACUUACCACACAAUGCUUCCGAGAAUGACUUGCGCCAAGUAUUUGAGCGUUAUGGUAGAGUCGCUGAAUUGCGCGUGCACAGUAAAUCAAAUGACAGAUGCAAAGGUCCUCAAGGAGGAAAUAACACUGCACGUGUGCCUAAUUAUGGAUUUAUCACGUUCGAAGAUCAACAAGUUGUGACAAAGGUGUUGAAUUCUCUGCCUAUCUAUUAUCCCGACGAGAGCGGACAAAAGUUGAAUGUGGAGGAAAAGAAGGUGAGGCCUAGAAUGAUGGAUGGAAGUGGUGGAAGAUUGAACUCCGGCGAUGGCGGUAUGCGAUCCAUGGGUGGCCAGCAACAACAGCAACAACAACAACAACGUGGCCCAGGCGGACCCGGAGGCGUAAUGAGAGGCGGACAACACGGUGCGCGAGGUGGUCGUGGAGGGUUUUCACGAGGCGAUGGCAGUAGGGGCGGCGGUGGCAUGCGGCAACCGGGUAAUCCAAGCAAUCCCGGUUACCAAAACCGUCGCUAAUACCGGCCACAG